AUGGCCCAGUACCUCCUCCAACCUCGUAUCGAAGCAAUUCCACUCUAUCUCUCUCCCGACGACACUUCGUUCCUCAAAACACGAAUAUCCUCAAUCGAGAUAGAAUUGGCGCGUCUAGAGAUUCAACUUUCGCAACUCAAACGCCAACUCAAAAAGAAAAGACAAAAUCUUGCGUUUAUGUAUAAUAUUCUUGCACCAGUUCGCCAAUUACCCUUUGAGCUUUUGUCCAACAUUUUUUCCGAAUACUGUUCUCUCGCUAUCAAGAGGCCUAGACCUAUCCCGUCCAGAAAAAGCUUGAAACCACAAUUGCUCUUAUCACAAAUCUGUUCGACAUGGAGGCAAGUCGCUUUUGGGACGCCUAGACUUUGGUGCGAACUCCGGAUCUUGUUGAGCCCAAAAGGUGGGAUCUCUUCAGAUGAUAUCGAUGCAAUGAUGGUGGACUCUUGGCUCGGGCGCAGUGGAUCACUUCCUUUGCAUAUCUUGAUUGCACAGUGGCAUCCAAACAGUUCUCUUGCUCCUCAAAAUCUCCUAAAUCGACUGGUUCCGUUUUGCAAUCGCUUGCAGUCAUUGUGUUUAGCCCUACCUCUCCAAUGUCUUCUUUCAUUCCUCGACAAACAACUGGCUUUUACCGUUUUGAACAAGAUCGACUUGACUCUUCUUCAGAAUGCAAACAAAUCAGAAUUCAGUGAUGUUAUACCAAGUUUCCCUCAAUGUCGUCGAUUUACAACGUUUCUCAAUGCGCUUCAAUUACGCACCGUCAAAUUGAACCUGUCUUGUUCAGCAUACAGCAAUAGCUCUUUCUUGGCUCAAACCGUAUUCAUGAUUCCCCUUCCUUUGAAACAGCUACACUCUUUACAUCUUGAACUUCGUGACCCUGGCGACUACUACUCUCUGGCUGAUGCUCGCUCCUACUUUGAAUUACUCCGUAAUUGCCAGCAUACGGUAGUCGAGUGCCGGUUCGUACGAUGUCCUGCAUGGCUAUGUGACGCAUUGCUCAAGAUUUCCGGAACUAUGGUUUUUCCCGCCCUGAAGGUUCUCUGUCUGGAACAGUGGCAGGAAGAGAACGAGGCGCGGUUUAUCCAACAUAUCACUGUCCCUUCUCUUGUUACCCUCCGUAUCGAUCACAGCGACUAUGGCGGGGAUGAUCCUUCUGACUCGUUCUCCCAGCAUCUCAUCGCCCUGAACACGAGAUCCUCUUCCUCGUUAUCGACGCUGGAAUUGAUCCGCGUGCGGUUGAUGUGUACAAAGGACAUCCUUUCUGUCCUUGUCGUUCUGCCGACUCUCAAACACCUGAAGCUCAAUGACUGUAAUCUCAACACGAAACUGCUGAUGCACGGACUCCUUCUUUGCGACUCGGAAGGACAUAAGCCUAUAAUCUCAAAACUCGAAUCGUUGCAUCUGGUGGAUUUCGAAGUCAUCCCGAAAGGCUGUGAAAACUGCAUCGUCGACAUGGUAGAAUCUCGCACCGUUGUGAAUGGUGAUUCGAGAGCGUACUUCAGUACUUUGACGUUAGCCUAUAGACAUCAUCGAAUUACAGAGACGAUGAUUACUCGGUUGAACGAUCUGCUGCUUCACUUGAAUCUAAAGGCGAAAGACUAA